AUGUCGGGUCUCCGCGCUGCAGGCGGUGUGGCCAAGCGCUCGGCCAAGAAGGUCGCAAAAGGCUUCUCAGGCAUUGAGUUCCACAAGUCCAAGGGCCAGCAUAUCUUGAAGAACCCCCUGGUUGUGCAGUCCAUCGUCGACAAGUCUGGCCUCAAGUCGACCGAUGUUGUCCUUGAAAUUGGGCCAGGAACCGGUAACCUGACCAUGAAGCUGCUGGAAAAGGCGAAAAGAGUGGUCGCCGUCGAGCUUGAUCCGCGAAUGGUGUUGGAGCUGCAGCGAAGAGUGGCGGGGACUCCACACAGCGCCUCCCUCCAGAUCAUCCACGGCGAUGUCAUGAAGGUCGACCUCCCAUAUUUCGACGUGUGUGUGGCCAACAUCCCAUAUCAGAUCUCCUCCCCGCUCACAUUCAAGCUGCUGUCCCACAGGCCAGCAUUCAGGGCAGCAGUCAUCAUGUACCAGCACGAGUUUGCCAUGCGGUUGGUGGCAAGGCCCGGGGACCCCCUGUACUCCAGGCUGACCGUCAACACCCAGCUCCUCUCCAGGGUGCACCAUCUGCUCAAGGUGGGCAAGAACAACUUCCGCCCGCCCCCCAAGGUGGACUCCAGCGUGGUGCGCAUCGAGCCGCGCAACCCCCCUCCCCCCAUCAACUUCCUGGAGUGGGACGGGCUGAUCAGGCUGUGCUUUGGGCGCAAGAACAAGACGCUGAGCGCCCUGUUCCGGCAGUCCACAACGCUGCACCAGCUGGAGGAGAACUACCUGCUGAGUAACGCGCUGGCCAAGGCCGCGCAGCCGAGGAGGAAGAAGCGGGGGAGGGCCAGCGAGGAGUUUAAGCAAAAGGUGCUGGGCGUGCUGCAGGGCGGCGGCUUCAGCGACUGGCGCGCCGCCAAGCUGAGUCAGGACGAGUUCCUGGCCCUGCUCGCGGCUUUCAAUAGGGCAGGCAUCCACUUUGUAUGA